AUGACCAGCGCAACUGUUUUCGCCACUAUGAUGAUGAUCAUGCGGAAUGUUUAUCGAGUCAUCGAGCUGACAGAAGGCUGGAGGGGCUAUCUCAUCACGCAUGAAAAAUAUUUCCUUGCGCUGGAUGCGUUACCGAUGGUUCUGGCGAUGGGAAUAUAUGUGGUUUUCAACCCUGGGGCGCAGUUUGAGACUCGGGAGAUGACGCAGACGCGAGAGAUUGGAGAAAAUGACCAAGCUGGGAAGAAUCCGUUUCAGAGAAUUCAGGUCUUCCAUGGUGUUGCCUAUCUAAAACGCGUAAACAUGAUUCCGCUACAGUACAUGAUCAAAGAUAUGUUUCGUUCAUCAUUGAGUAUGGCGGACUUUGCAGAGUCACAUACGAUGCGGGAAAUGGCCUCAGAGGAAUCUGUAUCCACACGAAAGAUCAAUUGGACUGCUGAGACCAACCAUGAUCGUCGAACUGGAACGGACGUUCGCGUUCUAUACACAGGCGCCACUGAGCACUCUGCUGGGUUUGUCCUCCAGAAAAUGAUAGAAGAUAACCCAAUCUCGAAGGUCUACUGUGUAGCACUUGCGGGAAAUCUGUUAGAUGAUAGCCUCGGAUUAACAGAGGAUCAACUCGAAUUCUUGGCUGAAAACGUGGAUGUCAUUAUUCACAGUGCUGCCAAUCGGUCUUUCUGGGAUAACUACCAGAUCAUGAAACAGGUUAACGUGCUUCCUGUGCAUACCCUGGUACACUUAGCUGCUCUCCGAAGGAUCCCAAUUCACUUCAUGUCUUCGGUCGCCGUUUAUCUGUUCAGCGGGCGCAAAGACGAGGACUAUCCCGAAACGCGGGCAAUGCAUCCUCCACCAACAGGCGGUACGCACGGAUACUUGGCCACAAAAUGGGCAGCAGAGAAGAUCCUCGAGAAUGCAUCGAGCAUGUACGGUUUUCCUGUGUAUGUUCACCGGCCUGCCCCCGUGGGUCAAGCCCAGCGGUUGUCAAAGGCGACCGUCUUUGCCGAGUUCAUGAUGUUUGCUCGAGCACUAAGACUCAAUAUCCCAAGGAACAGUAUUCAAGGAAGUAUUGACUUGCUGGAUCUGUCACGAUUUACUGGCGAUCUACUUGAGUCUAUGAUCAGUAAUACCGAAGAAAAAGAUGACUCUCAUCUAGUGCGGUAUAUCCAUCAUCGUGCUGAUAUGAAAUUGCAUCUGGAUGAAUGGCAGGAAUACGUGGGCGAACAUCUCGAGGAGCUGGAUAUAGACGAAACAGACACACAUAACGCAACGCAGUGGAUUUCCAAGGCCAAAGAAAUUGGGUUCCAUUUCUUGAGCAGGAAUGGAUGCGCGGUGUGUAUUCCUAUCUAG